AUGGCAAAACAAGCCUUUAAGAAUCAAGAUCAAGCAUUUUCUUCUAGAUUUAUCCCUAAUUCCCUUCAAGCCCACAACCAUUACAAAUUCUCUGUGGCAUGGCUUCCUGUUAGUCCUCAAUGGCGAACUCUUCGCAGAAUAUUGAACACUAAUUUCUUCUCUUCCAAUAAGCUUGAUGCAAAUCAACAUCUAAGUCAACAAGGUGAAGCUUUGGAUAUAGGUCAAGUUGCAUUCAAGACUAAUCUCAACUUAUUGUCAAACACCCUUUUCUCCAAGGAUUUGGCUGACCCUUUUUCAGAUUCAAAGGUAGAGUUGAAGGAUGUUAUCUGGGGUAUCAUGGCUGAUGUAGGGAAGCCUAACUUAGUGGAUUUUUUUCCCAUACUUGGAAAGAUUGAUCUUCAAGGAAUAAGGUGUCGCGCAAUCAUUCAUAUUGGUAAGUUAUUUAAACUUUUUGAUGGUUUGAUCAACGAGCGAUUGGAGGAAAAGAGGAAGGGAUUCUGUGAAAAGAGUGAUGUUCUGGAAAUGUUUCUUAAUAUUACUGAAAAAGACCCUGAAAAAAUGAAUCAUAAUCACAUAAGUCCAUGUUCGUGGUUCGUUUUCUCUUCUAAUUCUUCAUGUCCAUCCAUACUCCAUCUAGUCAAUGCAUUCACAACUUGA